GCGGGGCGUGGGCGCACCGAGACGCGGACGUCUGUCAGCCGGAGUCCGUUGCUGCGGGUCUGAGGUGGGGACGGCAGCUCCCGGCCGCCGCCAUGCCGUACUACGGCUCGGAGGAGACGGUGAAGGAGCUCCGGCGGGCCUUGUCCAACCCCGCCAUCCAGGCGGACAAGCUGAGGUACCGGAACCUGGUGCUGCGGGUGAUCCGCUACAUGACCCAGGGGCUGGACGUGUCCGCUCUCUUCAUGGAGAUGGUGAAGGCCAGCGCCGCCGUGGAUAUCGUCCAGAAGAAGCUGGUCUAUUUGUACAUGUGUACGUACGCUGCUCUGAAGCCCAACCUGGCACUGCUGGCCAUCAACACACUGCGGAAGGACAGCACUGACCCCAACCCUAUGGUCAGGGGACUUGCCCUGAGGAGCAUGUGUAGUCUCAGAAUGCCUGGCAUAAGUGAAUAUAUUCAGCAGCCUGUGCUAAAUGGAUUGAGAGACAAGGCAUCCUAUGUCAGACGGGCAGCGGUCCUGGGUUGUGCUAAAAUGCAGAAUUUUCAGGGAGACACAGAAGUUGAUGGGGCAAUGGUAAAUGAACUGUAUGCAAUGUUGCGAGACUCUGACCCCAUUGUCAUGGUGAACUGCUUGAGAGCAUUGGAAGAAAUCUUGAAACGUGAAGGAGGUGUGGUCAUCAACAAACCAAUAGCACAUCACCUUUUAAACAGAAUGAAAGACCUGGAUCAUUGGGGUCAGAGUGAAGUGCUGACAUUCCUAGUUCGCUAUAAGCCCCGAACUGAAGAUGAAGUGUUUGCUGUUCUGAACGUGCUCGAUGGUUUUCUCAAGAGCAGCCAGCCCAAUGUUGUCAUGGCAACCACCAAACUUUUCCUCCUCCUUGCUGAAGACUUUCCCAACGUACAGACAGAUGUUCUAGAACGGAUCAAAGGGCCAUUGUUGACUAUUUGCACCUCUGAGUGCCACGAGCUGUGUUUCCUCGGCCUGUGUCAUGCACGGGAGAUCCUCCGCAGCUUACCCAGGCACUUCAGUGGUCACUACAAGAAAUUCUACUGCACAUACUCCGAACCAAAUUACAUCAAAUAUCAGAAGAUGGAGAUCUUGCGGGAUCUGGUAAAUGAUGAGAAUGUCCAGCAGAUACUUGAAGAGUUUCAGACCUACUGCACUGAUGUUUCUGUAGAACUGGCCCAGAUGGCCAUUUUAAACAUAGGACGAAUUGCACGGACCUACAAUGAAAAGUGUGUGGUUAUUUUGAAGGAACUGCUGGGCUUGAAGCAGGAACACAUUACCUCAGCUGUCAUUCAGACAUUUCGUGACCUGGUAUGGCUGUGUCCCGCUUGUACAGUGACUGUGUGUGAAGCACUACCAGGAUGUGAGGAAUACAUCAAAGAUGGUGAGGGGAAGCAGGCUCUGAUCUGGCUGCUUGGUGUGCACGGUGAGCACGUGCCCAAUGCUCCUUACGUAUUGGAGGAAUUUGUGGACAAUGUGAAAAUGGAGAUCUCUGCAGCCGUGAAGCUGGAGUUGCUGACAGCCAUGGUGCGCAUGUUUGUGUCCCGGCCAGCUGAAUGUCAAGACAUCUUGGGCAGACUACUGCAUCAUGUUAUUGAAGAAGAACUCGAUAUGGUUGUGCGUGAUCGUGGGUUAUUGUACUAUCGGUUACUUCAGCAAGGUGUUGAAGAGGUCAAGAAAAUAGUUUGUGGGCCAAGAUCAGAUCCAUCCUUGGGUGUAAUCAGUGGCCAAGCCAAUGAGCCAAUCAAUGCCUGGGCAAAAGACUUUAACACAUUGAUACCAAUCUAUGGUUGGGAACACUGGAAUUGUAUAAUGGCACAGAAGGCAAAUUCCUUUGGAAAUCUACAGAUGCCAGAAAUAACCUAUGAGAAAGACUCAAACCCAGAACACAGUGAAGAGUUGGUCAUGGAUGCUGAAUCUGUCUGCUUGGAAAGCAGUGCCCAGCUUUCACCAGAGCAGUUUGAGGAGUACUGGACGUGCCUGGAAGAUGCUAAGGUUGUGACUGUGGACUGGCAGAAGGAGCCAUGCCCUGAUACCAUCCAGGCUGCCUUUCAGAUUGUUCAUAUUCACUCUAUUGCAAUCAGCCGAGCAGGAGCACAGCCCUGGAAAGCCUACCUGUUUGCCCGAAACGAGACUGGAUCUGUAUUUUUAACAGAACUGUUAAUUGACAUGAGCAGAACGAGUUUACAAAUUACUGUUAAACAGAAGAAUAGUAGUGAAGGGUUACUCAGCAGCUUCAUUGCUGUUAUUAGAUCGGUGUUGCAGACCCUGGGCAAAUCUGAAAAUGUUGAAGAUGUUUCACUAGUAACACAAGAGCAACACUCUCCUCACUGAGAUUAAAGUCUUUUUGUUAUCCCAUUGCUGUCGCAAACUACAUUGGUGGAUAAAAAUAAAUUGUUUCUAUCAGCAGAUAUAACUGGA